UGCUUAUCCUCUCAAAAGGGGGCUUGCGGGUUUGGUAGUUCAUCUGAACCUUUAUCCCUCAAGCAAAGAAUAUGGAGGACAUACUACUCUCUUGUUUACAGUUGAUGCUCCCCCUGACGUUCGUAUUUUGAUCCCCUUGAAUCGAGUUCGCUAUGACUAACACUUCCUACAACUUUAAACUCGCAUUUCGAAUUGGCUGAGGCUUGAAGCAUCACCGGGACCAAAGCCAUUGUGCGAGGAGAAUUUACAAAUGAUCACUAGGGAACUGAUUCCGCUUUCGCGCCGGGAGCCGGUGCUAUUUAUUCUAAGUCGAUUAAUCGACAUCGGCGACGAUCCAAGGAACUCUAAGCUGUGUCUUACAACCAGAGAGAAGCUACUGAGUCGGUUUAGUGGCCAAGAUCUAGAGCGUUUCAAAUAUGCAGCCUUCAGUUAUUGCUGGGGGCCGCCAGAAGUAGCCGCCACGCAAACCAAGACAAAGCGACACUCGCUAGCAGAUAUGAUGUCAGGGAUUCCAUUUCACUCAUGCUCUAAGGUUAUCCAAGAUCUCAUUACGGUUGCUAGAUUUCUUCAGCUCAGAUUCCUUUGGGUCGACGCAGUGUGUAUCAUCCAGGAUGACCAAGCGGAUUGGGAGACAGAGGCAUUGUCAAUGGGAGACAUCUAUCGUCACGCAUUUCUCACGAUCUGCCCUAUAGCUUCCCAAACAUGCCAGCAGGGGUUUCUGGCGAGGACCACAGAGACUUUAAAUACAAGUUUUAAGUCCAGUAUUGCAGAUGAUAUAGAAGGAAUAUAUACACUGCGGCAUAGGGGAAUUCGUUCUCCAAAUAAAGACACGUGGUGGCCUUUACGAAUUGAUCUAGAUUUGGCAACAUGGGAUCGGCGAGGGUGGACGUUUCAAGAGCUAUCACUCUCUACAAGACUCAUAAUGUUUGGACAGUCGAAGAUUCAUUUCCUUCGCUCAAGCAAGGUCGUCUCGGAGGGUGGAGACGAAUAUGAUGGCUGCGGAAUUGAUGUUGAUAUUGGUGAGGUCUUGGUCGAACCUCAUGGCCAAAAAUGGCAUGAGAAGUGGAGGCGGGAUGUGGCGAGCGAGUAUUCAGAACGUGAAUUAACCAGAAGAACGGAUAAGUUGCCGGCGCUUUCGGGACUGGCAAGGUCAGCAGCAGUCAGAAACAUAUGUGACUAUCUGGCAGGAUUGUGGAAGGAUGAUCUCCUAGCUGGACUGCUCUGGGAAUGUGUCUCACGCAACAAUGUUGUUACUACGGCGAAAUUCUCUUUGCUGGAUAGCUUUGAUUCUCCCGGCUCGUACAUUGCACCAUCUUGGAGUUGGGCUAGCCGAGAUACGUUUGCCCAUUUCGGACAGAAAGAUUUUGAUACUGGCUAUACAGAAGGUUUCCGAGAUUUUCGCCCAGAAUAUACGACUCUCGAUGCUUGGACCACGCCACCAGCAUUGAACCCUUUUGGAGAAGUGAGCAACGGCCAUUUGCGCAUCAGUGGACCUGUUUGCUCACUGCCAUCAAACUUGAGCUUGAUGGAAGACAAGGACAUGAUACAAAAACGAUGGAGAGCUAGUGUGCGUGGUCAGUGCAUAGCAUAUUGCUCUUUGGAUUGGACUCUUGACCUCAGAGUGAAUGUGUAGAUGGUAUUCUGAUGGUGUUACUCGGCAGCUGUGUUAGUACGAAGAAAAUAAGUGGAAAGAAUGGUAAGCUUGGUGAAGUGUGGUCAGAGUCUACCCGCUUUGCAUUCGGGCUUAUCUUGCAUCCAGCAAAGCAACCAGGGUUAUAUCUUCGCGUCGGAAUAUUCAGUUCUUGGCCAGUCGAGAGAGGUGGCUCGGCCUUUUUCAACCGCCAGGGCCACCGUGUUCUGAAAAUUAUCUAAGUCUUCAAGCAUCGUACGAGGCCAGAGAAAGUGAUUGGUGAUUCAGGAUAAUAGAUAUUGUUUACGCCGUCCUGGAACAGGCCUCUCACUUAGGUCACUUCUUGCCCACUUGACAUAUAACCCUACCAUGUAGAGCUUUAACUCACACGUGGUGAAUAAAU